CGCAGCCCCGUCCCUCCGCCGUGCGCCGCCCCGGGGGCGGUGCUGGCGAGACCCUGCGGCCCCGAGCCCAGCUUAGCGCGGGGUGGGUCGAGGGGGCGGCGGCGGCAGCAGCAGCAGCAGCUCUGGUGCCCGUGAAGUUUGAGUGACCGUGCUGCGAUCGGGAGCUCGACUCAAGCCUUGACCACCAAAGAGGCUGGGCGGCCCGACUUACGGACGCCCGCGGGCCCGCGGCCACCUUCUCGCGUCCUCUUGCCUGGAAAAUUGUUUAAGCUCUUAAGAUGUCAUCUGUCAAGCACCUAGUUUAUGCAGUUAUUCGUUUCUUAAGGGAUCAAAGUCAGAUGGAUUCUUAUAGUUCGGAUGAACAAGAAAGUUUGGAAGUUGCAAUUCAGUGCUUGGAGACAGUAUUUAAAAUCAGCUCAGAAGAUACACACCUAGCAGUUUCACAGCCUUUGACAGAAAUGUUCACCAAUUCUUUCUGUAAGAAUGAUAUUCUACCACUCUCAAACUCAGUGCCUGAUGAUGUGGGGAAAGCUGACCAAUUAAAAGAUGAAGGCAACAACCACAUGAAAGAAGAAAAUUAUGCAGCUGCAGUGGAUUGUUACACACAGGCCAUAGAACUGGAUCCCAAUAAUGCAGUUUAUUUCUGUAACAGGGCUGCUGCUCAAAGUAAAUUAGGUCACUACACAGAUGCAAUAAAGGAUUGUGAAAAAGCAAUAGCAAUUGACUCAAAAUACAGCAAGGCCUAUGGGCGAAUGGGUUUGGCCCUCACAGCUAUGAAUAAAUUCGAAGAAGCAGUUACAAGUUAUCAGAAGGCAUUAGAUCUUGAUCCUGAAAAUGAUUCCUAUAAAUCAAAUUUGAAAAUAGCAGAACAAAAGUUAAGAGAGGUAUCAAGUCCUACAGGAACUGGAUUAAGCUUUGACAUGGCUAGUUUAAUAAAUAACCCAGCUUUCAUUAGUAUGGCAGCAAGUUUAAUGCAGAAUCCUCAAGUUCAGCAACUAAUGUCUGGAAUGAUGACAAAUGCCAUUGGGGGGCCUGCGGCUGGAGUCGGGGGCCUAACUGACCUGUCCAGUCUCAUCCAAGCGGGACAGCAGUUUGCUCAGCAGAUACAGCAGCAGAAUCCAGAACUUAUUGAGCAACUAAGAAAUCAUAUCCGGAGCAGAACCUUCAGCAGCAGUACUGAAGAACAUUCCUGAUUUGGGUCUGGACACCCUACACAGAAUACAGUUGGUUUAUAGCACUGAAGUAUUUGCUGUAGAUAGUGGCCAAAACAAACAAAAACUAAAGAGAAAAUCUGUUUAGAUAAUAGGUUUAUCACAAACAGACUCAACAUAACAUGACUUCUUUGUAAAUGACCAGUAGCCUUGAUAAGUGCCCAAAUAGCACCAGACGGGCUUCCAUUUCCAAACUUUUGUCAUCAUAUUUGUAUAUUAGACUAAUAGCAGAGUAUAUUUAUUGAACAGUAAAGUGAGUGUUCUUAGCUCCAGAUUUCCCUAAGCAAACUUCUUUGAACUGUGGACGUGGCCAGGAAGAAAGACAUAGGUGGACAAAUUUACUUGCCUUGAGCAGCAAGUUCAGAGAGAAGAAAUUUGUCAUUUAGGUUUUAGUUAGAUGUGAUAGAAUUAUCAGUAAGGAAUAUCUAUGAGGGGCCAAUACCAUCUUUAGUGAUACUUGUUAAGAUGGUUCUUGGGAAUCUCAGAGCUGAUGAGGGCAGAAUUUGGUGCAAGGGGUGUUUUUGAAAAGAAUAGAUGCUGUGAAUGUAUAGAAAUGAAGUAGGUAGUAUGCUCAGGCUUUCUGCAUAGUUCUUUACUAAUCUUGCCUGCAGUUUGGUUAUUGAUAACAUUAGCAUGGCUAAUUAUGCUAAGUACAUAAUAAAAUACAUUUAGAAAUCCUUAAUGGUAUUGGUUAGUCAGUUGAGUAACUGUUCAAUUUAGCGAAUACAAUUUUCCCAGUGGUGAUCUUACUAUGGAGACUCGCAAAUAUGCCUACAUUUAAAUAAACCACUGUUAGGCCCUAAUUAAGGAUUUCCUAAGUGGCAUUUAAUUAUGUUCCCAUGAAUUCUAAUUUUUUGAAACUUAUUUGUGUGAAUUACAUAAGGCCUCUAUCACUAACAAUGCUUGUUCAUGUAAUCUUCUGCACUACUUGGCUUGGCUUGUCACUUUUAUGCUUAACUCUUAAUUUGAUGCAGUUUACAACAUGGGAUUAGAAAUAUUUUCAAAUUAGGUAUUAUAUUAGUGGAGAGAGGUGGCAUUAGAUACUAGUAGAUGGUUCUAACUAUAGUGUAGAUGAGACCAUUUUAAUUCCAAAUUGAGUUUCUUUCUUAAUUAUGAAAUUGGUAAAGUUGGGCAAACAUGUAAAGAUUUUACAACUACUGUGUGGAAAAAUUAAAAAAAAGAAAGUUACAUAAAGUUAAAUUAGUAAUACUGAUGAUCAGGGUCCUGCUAUAAUUGUUCUCAAAAGAUGAACAACUUCAUAUCUUCAAGUUUAAAGACCAGUUUCUCCUUUAUGAGAUUAUAAUAGCAGUUCUUUGGGGAAUUUGUUACAAAAUAUAAAAACCUACAAUUUUUAUUUAGUAGGACUUAUAACAAGGCCUAGAAAUCACCACUUUAUAGAGCACUAACGGUGAUUUUGAUGUAGGUUCAAUGACUAAUUUAGAACAACACUAAUUACAUUUGUCCUCAGAUCUAAAAAAAAAUCUAGGCGCAGUCUGUAUGCAUGAGAAUUAAAUCUUAGGCUCUCUUCAUUAAAUUUCCUACAUUCCCUUAAUUUAAACUCACCAACAUUUUCACUAAGUUAAAUUUAGUUGCUAGUGUGUAAGUAUUGUAGAGAAUGAUGGCUGUGAAGAACAGGAAAAAAAAUAGCAAAGUUAAUCCUUAAUUAAAAAUAGUCACUCUUAUCCAUUGUUGAGUUAGAAUAAGUUUCUAGGCUAAUUAUCUUGAGUGCAUUAACAACACUUUCAAUCAACAACAACAACAGAAACAUUAAGCCUCUAGCAGACUGACUAGGCAAACAGAAAAUACAACUCACCAGCUUCAGAAGUCCCAUGAUUAUCACUGUAUCCCUUGUAGAUAUUAAAGGAAUAAUUAAACACUAAGACCACUUCCAGAUCUGUAUAUUUUUAAUAUCUUAGAAAAGACACAUUCCUUGGGACCAUAGAGAUAGUACAGUCAGUAGGGUGCUUGCCUUUCACACAACCAGCCUGGGAUCAGUCCCGGAGGGGCCUGGCCAGGAGUGAUUCCUGAGCAGAGCCAGGAGUUAAGCCCUGAGCAUCACUGGGUGUGACCCCCAAACAAAAAAAGACACAUUCCUUAAGAUACAAACUUACCAAGGCUCACUGAAGAACUAGAUAUCUCCAGAAAACUAUGUUUAGAGAACUUUUAAUGCUGAAUUUGAGCACACACUUAAAAGGGAGAAAUAGUAGCAACUCAAUACAAUCUCUUUUAGGAAACAAAAGAGGCAGCACUUCCCAACUCAGUUAGGCCUUUCUCUGUAGCCAAAAUCCAAGAAUUAUGAGAAAUGAUGCGUGAAUUACGAUGUUUUGAUUUUACAGUUAAAAAUUUCUUCUAUUUCACCUUUCUUUCUCUUCUGUUUCACCUUUGUUUCUCUGCUAAUAUACCAUCCAUAACCAAUUUAGGUGAUUGCUGUUCACUUACCUGAACUUACAUUCUUGUCAAAUCCUUUUAGCCCAAGAAUCUCUGCCACUUGGAAUGACUGCUUUGUAAACUUUUUUUUUUAGGAUUUGUUUGGUUGACUGUGCUAGUAAAAUUAUAAAAUUAUAAGGUAUGCUCCAAACACUGACUUGAAACAUUGUCUGAUAAAGUCUAAGUAAAGAAAUAAGAAGGCAUCAAAGUAAAUACAUAUAGACAUAUAUAUUCCAUUUAGAAAUGACUGACUUCCAAGAAUCACAUUUCACUGUAGUAGCUAUAGCUGUUGUGCUAUGUAAAACUUAAAAUGUCCUCUUUAUCCUAAUGACAUUCAAUGUACUAAAUUGUUCAUAAUUUAUAUAAUAUGGUUUAUUUCUAAUAUCAUUUCUAAGAUGGCAUAUCUAACCUUUUGAAAGUAUGAGUAACAUGUGUCUAGAUUAUAACUUAGAUAACUUGUAAUUAAACUAGCAGAUUCUAAGUGAUUACUAUAUAUAUGUUACAUUUAAAUUUGGGCCAAAGAGACAGUACAUGGAUAGGGUGCUUGCCUUGCAGGUGGCUAACCUAAGUUCGAUCCCUAGCACCACAUAUGGUCCCCAAGUCUUAUCCAGAGUGAUCCCUGAGUACAAAGAACCUGACAGUGUGUGGCCCAAAAACAAACAAAUUUCAAAUAGUGAAACAGAGUUUCAGUCAUGAGAAUAUACUUGAAAAAUAAUCACAAUGUAGAGCAGUGACAAUGUCUUCACCAAUUGAUCUAAAUAACUAUGGGAAGAAAGGCAGAUUUCGGUUUUAUAGUUUGCACUUUAUUUUUCAUAGGCAUUUCAUUAAUUAUUACUCCAAUUUAAGGGGCAAAUCUCAUUUGGAUUAUAGCUUUUAUUCUGGGUCAAAUAAUUUGUCAUGGCAAUAAAUAAUUAUGUAUUUGAGGAAAAAACAUUUUUGUAUUUGACUUAAUGCACUCAUAUACUUAUGGGAUUAUAUAUAUAUAUAUCUAUACAUAUGUAUUUUUUUAAAUUUCAAAUAAUCAAAAUGAGUUUUAGCAGCUUGAGUUUUAGUUUUCCUGACAAAAUAUUGAAGCUUUUAUUACAUUCGUGUUGCAAAGUGCUUACAAACUUAAUUUUCUUAUUUUAACUUGGUUCCUGACUUAAUAAGUGUGAUUACACACAGAGAAAAUUUUAUGAUAUUAAUAAAUGAUUUAGAGUUCAAAUUAAUCAUCAGGAACUAGAAAUCCUUUAAAUAUGUCUAUAAGUCUACUUUCCAAUGGAAAAAAACAAGACAUUUUGGCUGAGAAUUGGUAAAUUGUAAGACUUUGUUGUCAAGAGAAAUAAAUAACCUAAGAAAUGAA